UAUCACGUGACUGAGGUGACGACACGGGCUGCAGAGCGUCUUGUGAGACGCCCUCUACCCGGUCAUGGCGCGGCCGCGGCUUCUCUCCCUCCUGCUCCGGCCGUGGCUCCGCCGCCGCCUCCUCAGCGCCACCUGCUACCCCUUGGCCGAGCACCGGGGGCUGCUCCGGCUCCGCGGCCACCAGGCACCAACCUUCCUGCAGGGACUGAUGUCGAACGACACCGAGCGGCUAAAGGACGGCGCCGUGUACGCGCACCUGAUCAACGUGCAGGGGCGGAGCCUCUUUGACGUUCUGAUGUACAGGCUCCCGGGGGAACAGGACGGCCAGUCUGACGUUCUCCUGGAGUGUGACGUUUCGGCGAUGGAGCCGAUCCAGAAACAUCUGCAGGUGUAUAACUUUCGGAAGAAGGUGGAAGUGUCUCCGUGCCCCCAGCUGUCCGUGUGGGCCGUGAUCCCAAGGCAGGAGGCACAGGAUACCCUUGACGAAAACUUGCCUCACCCGACCGUACUGUGUACCCCCGACCCCAGAGUGCCCGUUAUGGGUUGGAGAGUGGUGGCAGAGGCUGGUGGGAAUGUUGCGGACCUCCUGCCUGGAACUCGGAUGGGGAGCUUCCAGGAAUAUUGCAAGUAUAGAUAUGAAUACGGAAUUCCGGAGGGCGUGAAAGACAUUCCUCCCGGCGUCGCUUUGCCGCUGGAAUCCAACUUGGUCUACAUGAACGGAAUCAGUUUCUCCAAAGGCUGCUACCUUGGCCAGGAAUUAACCGCCCGGACUCAUCACACCGGCGUUAUCCGCAAACGCCUGGUGCCUGUGCGCCUGUCAUCUCCAUUACCAGCCAGGGCCGAGGGGCUGGAGAUUGUCACCGCGUCGGGGAAAUCUGCCGGCAAGUACAGGGCCGGUGUGGAGGAUACGGGACUUGCACUGCUCAGGCUGGCACAUGUCGGAGAGGAACUCCGGAUAAAUACAGUCAACAUGGGUGCGGUGAGCGUGAAGGCCUCUGUGCCCACGUGGUGGCCUAGGUCUGGUGAUAGUUCAUAAGUAAACGUUACCUGCCGGGACUGAUGUAACAUCGCGCUAACACAGCUCACCAGCUGAUUGUCAGAGUAUUACGCUCCAUUGUAUUGCCAAAGGCCAAGCUCUCGUCCUUUAUUAGGCGUCCUGCUGGUGCCUGCGCGUCGACGUGGGAAUGACACUAUAUACAGCAUCUAUAUCUCGCACUACGUAAGCUAUGCACAGGGCGUGACAUCAAAUUGCUGGUAACGUAAAGUUAUGGGUUAUUCAGGUUUGUUAGCAAACUGGAAAAGUUAGCAACUGGAUAAACCAUGGCCCUCAUUCCGAGUUGAUCGGUCGCAAGGCGAAUUUAGCAGAGUUACACACGCUAAGCCGCCGCCUACUGGGAGUGAAUCUUAGCUUCUUAAAAUUGCGACCGAUGUAUUCGCAAUAUUGCGAUUACUAACUACUUAGCAGUUUCAGAGUAGCUUCAGACUUACUCUGCCUGUGCGAUCAGUUCAGUGCUUGUCGUUCCUGGUUGACGUCACAAACACACCCAGCGUUCGCCCAGGCACUCCCACCGUUUCUCCGGCCACUCCUGCGUUUUUUCCGGAAACGGUAGCGUUUUCAGCCACACGCCCCUGAAACGCCGUGUUUCCGCCCAGUAACACCCAUUUCCUGUCAAUCACAUUACGAUCGCCGGAGCGAAGAAAAAGCCGUGAGUAAAAUUACUUUCUACAUAGCAAAGUUACUUGGCGCAGUCGCAGUGCGAACAUUGCGCAUGCGUACUAAGCGGAUUUUCAUUGCGAUGCGAUGAAAAAUACCGAGCGAACAACUCGGAAUGAGGGCCCAUGUGCACUGCAGGUGGGGCAGGUGUAACAUGUGCAGAGAGAGUUAGCUUUGGGUAGGUUAUAUUGUUUCUGUGCAGGGUAAAUACUGUCUGCUUUAUUUUUACACUGCAAUUUAGAUUUCAUUUUGAACACACCCCACCCAAAUCUAACUCUCUCUGCACAUGUUACAUCUGCCCCACCUGCAGUGCAGCAUGGUUCUUGCCAAGUUGCUUGCUUUUUUGGUAUGCUAACAAACCUGAAUAAUCCCCAAAGUCCGCUUUUUAAUUUCUGGCACCCAGUUGGUUAUAAGACGAUCUGCAAACAUUUUGUAGUGAAUGUUUUGCUGCCUUAUGGUGGAAAACGGCAAAUUGGUAACAAUAAAAACUUCCAACAGUGUUAUAUGGUCACGUCUCCACCACAAAGCAUCAUACGUGAUGUAUAGUCCAUUGUCUUAUGAUCACCUCGGCUGCGGGUAGUAUUUAAAAUAGACGUGUCAACUACUUUUAAAUAACUCCUGAACAAAACAUCUCAGAGGCCUGUUUCAUUGUGUCCAUGUAAAGGCAUUACCGGAAUCUCUUCUUCAUUUCCUAUGCAGCAAAUAGGAGGGGGUUCCAGGUGAUCCCUCUCCUGUUACCGGAGAUGGCUCAUAGCCCAGAAAGAGCUCAAUUUUCCCAUAUCUCUUCUAUAUAGCUCCAUAGAUUUAUACUACUGAACUAUGGACCUAGCUAUUGCAGAACCCCGUUCCCAGUGAUAUGGCUAUAUUUAGGGUACCCCUCCUACCGCCCCUGCUCUGCAUUGAAAAGGCCGCAACGCUGAGUGGGGACCCGGAGAUUAGAGCCGCAUUGUCCGACUGCAGUGUCCUCUAGCAGUAGUGUGAGUGGGUCCUGGAAAGGGGGGACCCAUCUACUUUAUAGAAUGGGAGCACGUUGUAGGCACAGAGAAGGCGUUCAUAUUGCGGACAGAACCGGUAUUUCUGAGAACGAAGCUCCUCUCUUAGGAACAAGUGACAUCAUUAAGCCGCUAAUAGUGAUAGGACAAUUGAUUUGUUCAAAGAAGCUGCUUCCGUUGUACUUAGAGAAGAGAAAUGGGAAUUAUAGUGCUCAGAGCUCCCCUGGAAAGCAUAGUGCAGUGUGAAACGCACAAUGUAAAAAUGGCUGCUUCCCUGGUGUAUCACACCUGUGACUCUAAACACACACUCACACAUCUGGAAUGUUCCGUCCUGCUGAUACUAAUUGUUACAUACUUUCAGAGAGUCUUGUUUUUCAUUACCUAUUUUUUGUAUUUAAGUGAAUAUAUGAAUAAUUAUUUUCUGAACUGUUGAUGGAAGUCAUAAGACAAAAUAAAGUUUUCAAGCUGCAUUGAAAAAUAUAUAAAAUAAAGCUGAAUAUGCAAGUGA